ACGGCGCUCUCUUCUGUCGCCCUUUUCCGGUGCGGCGGAGCCUGCCGAGGCAGCGAGCUACGAGGCUCAAGCGCUCCAUGGGGCGGUGCGGCUAUGGGGCCGCCGUCUUCAGCGCUCGCCGCGGAGCAGCUGGGUUCAAAGCCCUGGUAUUCGGGCACGCCUCAGCCGCCGGAGUCGGGCUGGGAACGAGUCUUUGAGCUCUUCCGCAAAGAUGAAUUAAAUCAGUACCCAGAAGAAACUGUCAAUAUCUGUAAAGCAACAUUUACAGGAGGCAUUAUUGGCUUGGUAUAUGGAGGCAUUCCGGGCUUUACGUAUGCCAAGAAACGAUACAUUGAACAGAGCUGUGCAGAGAUAUACUACAAUCGCCUGGAUGCUGUGCAAUCUGCACACCGUGCAGCUAUACGGGGCUUCAUCCGUUACGGCUGGCGAUGGAGCUGGAGAAUUGCUGCCUUUGUAGCAAUAUUCAACACUGUGAACAUCAGUUUGUCUGCGUAUCGUGAUAAAAGCUCACUCAGUCAUUUUGUUGCUGCAGGAGCUGUUACAGGAGGCUUGUUCAGGUUUCACUUGGGCUUGGGACGUUUUGCAGCAGGCAGCAUUUUUGGAGCAUUGUUGGGUGUCCCUGCAGGAGGAUUGGUGAUGGCAGUGCAGAAGCUUUCUGGUGAAACUUUUAUUGAGAAAAGAAAACGGGAGCGAAAGGAACUGUAUGAACAGCAGCUCAUAGAGUGGAACACCAGCCUCAUCAUCACUGAGAAUGUCUCAAAAGAAUCAGAUUACCUUCAAGAAGGGACUGAGAAUGAUGAAAAGCUCCAGAAAUGUGUAAAUCUUGUCCCAAAUUCUGAAUCUUGACUGAACUGCAAUGGGAUUUGUGGCACAAACUGGACUCAUAACAUCUGUGUCAGUAGUUCUUGUGCUUAAAUUCUCCCCAUGCCCUGUUUCCCAGGGACUCUAAAUGACAAGGGCCCAUACACAGGUUUGCUCAGUUACACUUCGGAAUGUUCAACUUUGAAUGGUGAUUUUGAUUAGAGAGGGGCAGUUAAUGGAAUAAAAUGAACAUAGAAAAUCAAAAGCAAAAAAAUCAAGUUUUACUGGGGUAAGCUGUAAGUGUGAUGAUGGGUAAGUUGAGGUGGUAUUCCAAGUUUGUUUUUUUAAGAGUGGAGUAACUUUAAGAAAGAGUUUAGAACAGCUACAUUUAUUUAAAUAUUUAAAGUGGAAACAAGAUAUAAAUCCAGCAAUAACUUGUAAUAUAGUACACUUUACCUUCCUGAAUAGUAUUGCUCUUAAGAACGUCUCUUAAAAAAAAUAAGGUCACUGAUCAACACACAGAGUUAAUAAAGUAAUCUGACCUCCAAUAUAAUGUAUUGCCUGAUAUUUUCAGUGUAAAGCUGGUUCAAUAAAUACACAUGGAGAUGUC